CACCUCUCAUCAAGUUAAACACAGUUGAGAAGGAAAAAGCGUCUACCAAACAAUCACAACAUCACACUAUAAGAAAUGGAAAUGAUGAAAGAUAACAUUAUAGGGAAGAACCAAAUGUCCAUGGCAGAAGGUGAGCUUCAAGCUACACGGUGUGUCAAGAGGCGAAGAAGAGAGGUUGCUGCAGCAGUUAGCAGUGGUGAUGAUAACAAUCACCAGCAGUUACCAAAACAACAUGGUGGUGAAAAUUCUACAAUCAACACUACAAAGAGAAGCUCAAAAUUUCGUGGUGUUAGCAGACAUAGGUGGACUGGUCGGUAUGAAGCUCACUUGUGGGACAAACUCUCAUGGAACAUAACACAGAAGAAAAAAGGGAAGCAAGUUUACCUUGGGGCUUAUGAUGAAGAAGAAUCGGCUGCCAGAGCAUAUGAUUUAGCUGCACUUAAGUAUUGGGGAACUUCAACUUUCACCAAUUUUCCAAUAUCUGAUUACGGGAAAGAUAUGGAAAUAAUGCAGACUAUGACCAAGGAGGAGUAUUUGGCAACUUUAAGGAGAAAGAGCAGUGGAUUUUCAAGAGGUGUGUCAAAGUAUAGGGGUGUUGCAAGGCACCACCACAAUGGUAGAUGGGAAGCAAGAAUAGGAAGGGUUUUUGGAAACAAAUAUCUCUACCUUGGUACCUACGGCACCCAAGAGGAAGCUGCACGAGCUUAUGACUUAGCGGCCAUUGAGUACAGAGGAAUCAAUGCUGUGACAAACUUUGAUUUGAGCACUUACAUAAAAUGGUUAAAGCCAGGAGGAGGAAGCACCCCAGAAGCAAAACUUGAAGCACAUGCAGUACUAGAGGGUCAAAAGGUGGCAUCCCCAUCUAAUUAUUCUCUGACAGAAGAAUCAAAAUCUUCAGUCAUUCACAACAGUUUUUUCAGCCUAGAUUCUCUGAAUUCCCCAGUAGGGCAAGAAAAUUAUGGAAGCAAACCCUACCCAUUCUCAAGCAGCAAGUCAUCUUCUCCCACUGCACUUGGCCUUCUUCUCCGCUCUUCGUUGUUUAGAGAAUUGGUCAAAAAGAAUUCAAGUGUAUCUGGAGAUGAAGCUGAUGAUGGGGAAGUCACAAAAGGUGAACAGCCACAGAUAGGUAGUGAUGAUGAUCUGGGUGGAAUCUUCUUUGAUAGCAUUGGUGAUAUCCCAUUUGUCUGUGAUCCCAAUAGAUACAACUUAGAAUUGCAAGAAAGAGACCUCCACUCAAUAUUUUGAACAUAGAUUGUCUAGAUUCUGCUCCCAGUUUGUCUUCAUCUCAGUUACUUCCAAUUUUGGACAUGGGAAUAAAGAUAAUUCUUAAAAGAACAGGUUUUAUAGAGGGAAUAUGUACAUGGAAGCCAUAGUUAACAAGAUCCAUAGCAAGAAGAAAUCCUCCCAUGAUAUGUUUCAAAAAGGUUUUAAAUUGUGUUUUUGGUUGUUAAUAUUGCAUAAGGGCCAAUUGUGUUGCUGCAAUACAUUAUGAAGGUCUAUUGUAAAUAAUUAUAUUGAAUUUGUGCAAGAUUUUCAUUAUAUUCUGUAAAUACUCAAGCCACUUGUAACAUUA